UCGCCGGCUGGCUCUCCCACGCAGGCAGGCGGAAUGCAGCAGUGCCCGGGGAGCGGGUCUCCGGCAGCUGCCUGAAUGCGCGUCGCUGCCGGGAGCAAGGCGGCCCAGUAGGGCGCCCAGGAGGACGCUCCGCUGCUGGAGCCUAGAAAGUUCUAGACGGUGCAGUCGUGUUACAUGGUCUGAGAAAUGGCUGUAGGCAACAACACUCGACGAAGUUACUCCAUCAUCCCAUGUUUUAUCUUUGUUGAGCUUGUCAUCAUGGCUGGGACAGUGCUGCUUGCCUACUACUUCGAGUGCACUGACACUUUUCAGGUGCAUAUCCAAGGAUUCUUCUGUCAGGAUGGAGAUUUGAUGAAGCCAUACCCGGGGUCAGAGGAAGAGAGCUUCAUCACCCCUCUGGUGCUCUACUGCGUGCUGGCUGCCACUCCAACAGCUAUUAUUUUUAUUGGUGAGAUAUCCAUGUAUUUUAUAAAGUCAACACGGGAAUCCCUGAUUGCGGAGGAGAAAACCAUUCUGACGGGAGAAUGCUGUUACCUGAAUCCCUUACUGCGAAGGAUCAUCAGGUUCAUAGGAGUGUUUGCAUUUGGACUUUUUGCUACUGACAUUUUUGUAAAUGCCGGACAAGUGGUCACUGGGCACCUCACACCAUACUUCCUGACAGUGUGCAAGCCGAAUUACACCAGUACAGACUGCCAGGCACACCACCAGUUUGUAAACAAUGGGAACAUUUGUACUGGGGAUCUGGAAGUAAUAGAAAAGGCUCGGAGAUCCUUUCCCUCCAAACAUGCUGCGCUGAGCAUUUACUCUGCCUUAUACGCCACGAUGUACAUCACAAGCACAAUCAAGACAAAAAGCAGUCGACUGGCCAAACCGGUGCUGUGCUUGGGCACCCUCUGCACAGCCUUCCUGACGGGCCUCAACCGGGUCUCUGAGUACCGGAACCACUGCUCAGAUGUGAUAGCAGGUUUCAUCCUAGGCACUGCGGUGGCUUUAUUUCUGGGAAUGUGUGUGGUUCAUAACUUUAAAGGAACGCAAGGAACUCCUUCCAAACCCAAAUCUGAGGAUUCCCGUGGAGUACCUCUAAUGGCUUUCCCAAGGAUAGAAAGCCCUCUGGAAACCUUAAGUGCACAGAAUCACUCGGCAUCCAUGACUGAAGUCACCUGAGAGGACUGACGGACAGGAGCUGUUUUUUAAUCACCUCCCAGUUCAAUACUUCAAAAUACACAGUUACUUAAUGUCAGACUGUGAGGACAAGUAUUAUGUUUAUCUAGUUAGAGGCUAAUGUUUUGUACAUUUUUUGUAUGAAAAAGUGACGUAGCUUGCCCUGAUUUUUUUUUUUGUCAGCUUUAACAUAUUUACGGCAGAAUCUUAAAACCAACAAAAUUUUCUUCUGUUCAAGUGUGCAUUGAAGAACCACAUUUAUCCGAUGGUUGAUGUUGUUUUGUGAUAUCUGUACACAAACCUUCUUUUCUCAGUUUUAUAAACACAAAUAAAUUGAUAUAACGAUUCACUUUAAACUUUUAUUACCACAGUUUCUGCCUCCUCCAGAAUUUUUGGAUUUUAAUGGAAGUUUAACCUUUGAGUUUCAGGAAGGGCAAUGUUGGUUAAUAGCAAAUCUCAAAAUCAGUUCUGGAAAUGUUCAGAGUACUUUGUGUUCUGACCUGUUAUCAGGCUAUUGCAUCAAAAGUUAUAGUGAAAUCACCUAUUUUGCAUUGAAAAUUAGUGGAGAAUCCUAGAUUUGAGAUGUUUGGGUUGUAGGAUUCUUCCUUAAAUAAGGGUCUUGCCCACCUAAGAAACUCAAGAUCUCUCUGGAAUCUUGUCCUGGGGCAGGCGUGUGACACUGAAGCCUUCUUUUCUUUUCAACAAACAGUCAGCACCAGCCUUCCUUGUCAACUAAACAGUUUUGUAUGUCAUAUUGUACUGACUUUAUAUGAGAAUGAAUAUUUUACAGUUUGCACAGUAUUAUUUUACAGAAAAGGGAUCAAAGUAUCUGCAACGUAGAGCCCCAGAGCAGCAGCCUCACUUUGUGACUUUACCUGUUCUAAGAUUUUAACUGCAUCCCAUUUUUCUAGCAUGGUGAUAACUCAUGUGAACCUCCUUUGAGAAAAGGAGCCCCUCGCCUGUCAGAAUGUUUUCCUUGACACUUUCAUGUUGGCUCUUCCUAGUUUUUUUGUACAUAUUUUUUUUUUCUAAAGAGAAGAUAAAAAGUUAUCACAAAAUGUA